AUGGAGUAUGCAUACGACAGAGGCGUACGCGACUUUGUGUAGGCCCAAAACAAGAUUUCUUUUCAUAUUAAUUCAUUAUCAAGUGAUCCUAUUUCGUUUUCCUGUUUACUUGGACAAUUAAUCCCGGUAUCGAGUUUCAUAUCCGUCCAUUUUUUCAAUAAUCGAACGUGGUCUUCCAAGUUACUCGCGAAAAGGUAGUCAAUCUGCCAUGCUAAGUCAGAGCGCGUCGUCUUUGCAGAGCGAAAAAGUCAACUAUCGUUAGCAAAAUGCGAAAAUUGUGUUGUUCGGAGCGGGUAUUCAUGUGAAUGCACAGAUUGCAGAAUGGUGGUAGACUGCCUGUCGGUUCAGGGCUCGGCAGCUGUAGCGAGAAAGCAGGAGCGGCGACUGGGCGGCUCUGUUAAUACCAAAAUGCAGCCUACUAUAGGUACCAACGGUGGGGGCAUGACGCCCAAAGAACUCUCUGAUAACGAUGACCUAGCUACUUCCCUCAUAUUGGAUCCGUACUUAGGAUUCACCACACAUAAAAUGAACAUCAGGUACAGACCUUUGAAGGCGAACAAGGAAGAACUUCGCAAGAUUAUCAAGGAGUUCAUUCAGACCCAAAAUUACGAGAAAACGUAUAAGAAAUUAAUGGGCGGAGACUGGGGCGCUCGGCUUCCACACACAAAGUCGAAGCAACAGCAGGGAAAUUUGAAAGAACAUAUAUACCGUUAUUUGAGAGUUUUCGACAAGGACUCUGGAUUCGCCAUAGAGGCUUGUUACAGAUAUUCCUUGGAAGGUCAAAAGGGUGCAAAAAUAAGUGCAACUCGUAAGUGGUUGAAGCACGAACAAAUUCCCUGUCUUGUAGGAUGCAUCGCUGAACUUUCUGAAAAGGAGGAAGCUGCUUUGCUGCAUCCUGGGAAAAAUGACUUUUCAGUCAUGUUUAGCUGUAGGAAAAACUGUGCCCAACUCUGGUUAGGUCCAGCAGCUUACAUCAAUCAUGAUUGCAGAGCCAAUUGCAAAUUUGUAGCCACAGGACGUGAUACAGCUUGCGUAAAAGUCCUACGGGAUAUUGAAGCUGGAGAAGAAAUAACCUGUUUCUAUGGCGAGGACUUUUUUGGGGACGGAAACUGCUACUGUGAAUGCGAGACAUGUGAAAGGCGCGGAACGGGCGCAUUCGCUAGCCAAAAGCCUGGCGAAGAUCAAUCGUCCGGUUAUCGCCUCCGGGAAACCGACAAUCGUAUCAACCGAACAAAGCACAGACAGCAGCCUUUGAAUAGAAACAAGCAGCAACAAAUUGAUGGCACCCUCACCGAGAAAAAUGGAUUAUUGGUGGGAAAUGCGGCAGUAACACAUCAGUCGAAUUGUAUGAAAGAAAGAAGAAAAGGCCUCACUAAAUACGACGCUGAGCUUAUCGCAGCACAGGGAUGUCGAUUCUCGGAUAUUAAUCAGCAACAAACGAUGUUGAAUAACGAAGAGAAUUCUUCGCAGGAAAAUCAUCGGCAACAAACUAAUGCAGUCGCUGGAUCGGCGACCAGAAAUCUCCGAAAUAAACAACCUACUAAGACUGAAAGAAAUAAUAAUAGAAAUAAUAUGAAGCGCUUUAGAGCCUCCAGGCUUCAGAAAAAAAGGGGCAGGACUAGCGAUGACAAAGGUUCAUCUUCUCUCCUGGAUGAUUUGACCGAAGAUAAUAAUGCAAUCGACGAAUCGCAUCGAAAAGAAGAAUCCGAUCGAGCGUCAAAAGAAAGUGAAUGCGCAUUUCUAAAUAAUCACACACAUCACAUGGAAGAUUCCCUUGGAAAAGACGAAGGCGACUCUUGUCAGAUUCCGAAUUUGAGGUCUGCCGCGACCGCAAAUUUUGUCCCCAAACAACGCGGAUGCAGUAAUUUUCCAGAUAGAUUGUCUGUUCAGUGUCCCUUACAAUCCGAAACUCAAGAAAGAAGCAGCAGAGGUUCGGAACAUUCUUACGAGGAGAACAAAAGUUUGCUCUCUCACUCGAAACUCUACAAUUCCCAGAAUACUGAUAAAAAGGAUUCUGCUUUCCAAACGAAAAACGGACUGAAAAAUUAUCUGUGUGUCAGUACUUGUAAAAUCGAUCGCUGUGAUCAGGAAGUGAUCAAUGGUGUUAAUAGGCUCGCUGAUGCCUCGCCCAGCAGAACAGAGGAAUCAGUGAAAGCACCUAAUCACUUUUUCAAUGACAAAAAAGUCAGUAAACUGAACCAGCGAGAUUCAAUAUCCCUCGAUCCAAAUUACCGGAAAUCACCUGUUCAUGGCAAAGCUCCGAAAAACUCAACUUAUCCUAGUGAAACUAAGCAGUCCGACGAUUUUCACAGCAUGAGCAACUCAUUGGAGGGUCUGUCAAUGGAGACUUUUAAGGAGGAACUUGCCAAAUACGAGCAAGAACAAAAUUCGAUGGAGCCUUCGGUCGCUGAAGGAUUCGAUGAAAUAAAUCCUCUUGAAGACGGAUCAAACGCUAGAAGUUUUAGAAACUACAACAAAGUUAUUGUUAAUCAGAACGACGUACAAAAAGCUAAACUUCACAGGACUACCGAGACUGAAUCGGCUGCAUGUGUAGUUGAAAAUUCUGAGCAAGCCACUAUAAAGCAGACCGACAUCUCGGAGUCGGUUGAUACUAAAGAAUCAGAAGAUACUCGCAAUUUAACACUAAAAAGAUCUUUACCGAAGCGCAGUGAGUUUUUCGAAGUAGCACUGCGCCCUCGAAAAGAGCAGAAAACAAAGUCGAAUCGAAAGUCUAUGAAAUCUAGAAGUAAAAAAUCCCGAAGUCGUUUAACUUCAGGAACAGCUUUAGUAGCUAAUAAUAAAAAGUUGGCAAGUGUAGUAAAUCCGAGUGGGAGAUUGACAAGAAGUCAGAAAAAGGAUAUAGAAAAAGUAACUGCAGCUGUGGUUGGGGCUGAUGAUGAUUCCGGAAUUCAGGGUGAUAUUUACGAGUUUAGUGAAAAAGACAGCAAUCUGGAAAGCAUCACUUUGUCCUCAGUUAUGAGACAUAAAUUUGAGCGACGGUCACCGAAUCGAGGGAUGCAUUUAGAAGAAAAUAGAUGUCUUGAAGAGAUAAAGACCGAACCGAGUUUAGUUACUCCAGAUCCAUGGACUCAGCAUGUUUCGCAAAAUCGGGAUCAUGAAGGUCAAGAAGAGAAACCAAAUGGAAUGAUCGUCCAGACUGAGAAGGAUUCUCAAAAGUCGCCUACACUGCCAAACUGUCAGUGGCAAACUACCAGUUCACAAUGUACUAUUUAUCCGACAACUCCGGAACGGACAAGCGGAAGAUUGAAAUUGACUUUGCGUAUGAAGCGAUCUCCUGUAGUGGAAGAUAUGGUAGAAUCGGGUACGAGUCUCAGCGAGGAUAGUUACGAGCCCGAGUACGAAGUCGUCGACCUUGAAGGUGUAAACGACAUGAGACGGCGAAAAAAGCAUAAAAAUCGAGAAAGGCGACACAAAAGGCGCGAGCUUAAUUUCAAUCCUCCAGCACCCUAUCCCAUUAAAAGGCUGCGACUGCUUUUGGGAAACGAAUCACGUACUAUCGAUCUCCCUCCUUCUUAACAACUAAGUUUCCAGAACUUGUAGUGACAAGGAAUCUUUCUUCUAGAUAGGGCGCAGCAUGAAGCAGCGAAUUUUAAAUUUCAUCAGCGGAACAGUUUUAACAGAUAACAAUCUUUCAUUUAUCUACCUUUAAAUUCGAUUUACAAUUUGAACUCGGUGAAAAACUUGGGGGUCGAUAGUGCCAGCUCAGGUUACGAUUGGAACUGUUCAUACUUUUAGGUUUAGUUACCUAACUUAAAAACUUUUCUGUUUCAAUAAAUCUUAUACGUCAUAUUCGCGUUUCAAAAGUGUUCAGUAGAGUGACUAGCCUUGCUCAUUAUUUCGAGAGACUAGUUCCUCUUAAGUACCUAAAUGUGUUCGAAGCAUUGCUACAGUAUCUCUAAUCGUCAAUCUUUGCUGGCAGUUUGUAAAAAAGUGGAUUUGUACAUUUUUCUCUUCUGUAGCACGAUUCGUAAACGCAAUAACGUAGAUGUUAGGUCUCCACUUUUUCUCUCUCUCUCUCUCUAUCUCUCUCUAAUUUGGUUACUGUUUCCGACGUAUUUUUAGAUUUCAUAGUUUUUUCUUAUUGUUUAGGGAGAACGAAUGAUAAUUUAUAAAUCGGUUUGGCAUGAAUAGCUACUGAAUAGUUCAUCUACCUGCACAUUCUCCGUGUGGGCAAGGUAAACAUUAAAUGAAGGAUUUUUCACGGUUGAAGAUAGAACUGGGCAUUUGGUUUAAAUUAAAAUUUUCAUUUGGUUUAAACUGAACCUCCAGUUUCUUAGGACGACCCCUGAAAUUCCCUCAUUCACACAUACUUAUACUAUGUAUAAAUAAUUAUCCUGUAAUAAUUAAGUUAGCUAAAUAUUAGACUAUCAAUUACUGGGCGCGAGAACGCAGGUUAUAUAUCAUAUGGCAUUGUAAAUAGCGCUUAAGAAUAACGAGUUCAUGACUGUAUUCUGUAAUCACCUAAUGUUGCAACCUGGGAUGAAAGGUUGAAGAGAGUACCGAAUACAAUAUUGAAUAAGUGACUAAGUAUUAUCUGCGAAAUUUAAAACCUACGGAUGCGCCAGUCCCUUUUUCAAAAUUAAAAGCUUUACCCUGUGAUUGGGUACAAUCGAGUCUUCGUAUCGAAAUGUACGAAAUAUUGUGUUAUUUUCUACGCUCCUUGUUUUUAAGUUGCUUUAUUUAGUUCUUUUACUAAUCGGCGCUCCAAACAAACGUUUAAGUUAUUCGCGAAACUAACAUUUUGAUUUAUCAUGUCCAAAGAGACACAUACUUCGUAAUAGUUUAAGAAAACGAAAUUUGCUUAUUUUAUUGUAUAUUCGCUUUUGAAAUUAUAUUUUUGUCGAUCGUAAAGGAUUAUGAUAAGAUUUCCUUUUUAUGCGUGUACAACGUCUUUCUUAAGAUUUUCUCUUUCGAAAUGAAAGUUUAAGUCGGAAAUGGAGUUGAAGAUUUUAAUUUUACUGAUACUUUUUAUAUUCCCUGAAAUCGGUUUUUUUAAUAUCGACGAUUCGUGAGAAGCGCAGGCAAGCUGUAUGCGGUUGAAUUUUUAAAUAAGCAGUUCCACUUCCAGUUUUUUUAAGGGAACAGAUUUGAUAUUCCUGACUAUAUAUUCCUGGCUAUGUCGAGGAUUGAGUUUGUUAAUAAUGCACUUUUGUUGUCAUAACUUUUGUAUUACUUAUAUAAAACCCCACUUUUUGUUAACAGUUGCAGUACUCUGUGCAAUAUAACACGAUUUGAUACGCAUAAGUAAUUGUCAAAUUUACUUACACUGUUUCGUUGUUUCCUGAUAUGUAAAAAAAAAGUGAUUCAGCAUUUGAAUAUUUAGGCGCCUGUAGGAAAUCUAAAGGGCGAGUUGUACUGUUUGCACCGAAUUUUUAGCAAGUUUUUCAAAAUCAUUUCCAUUUGUUGAAAGAAUUUAGUGAAAUUUACCAGGUAAAUGAAAGAGGCAACAAAUAUAAGAAGCAAUUAGAUUCUCUCUAAAGAUGAAGAAGCAAAGAUAGACUCAAAAGUGAAAAGAAAAAGGUUUAAUUUACUCGAACUUAGAAAAAAAACACACACAGAGUUAUUACUCAACUUGUUGGCAUUGAAUAAUGAUAUUAUGCAUAAUGAUGCUUGUUAUAACAUCGCGUUAUGCAUUUAACUAUUACUUGACAAAUAAGAAUUGUAUGUAUAUUUAGUACCUAAUGAACUUCGAUUCGUGAAAAAUUGUAAUUGUUGUAUAUAAUUAUCUACUGCGUUAAUUGUUAUCAAUCAAUCAUUAUACCAUCUGAUAUCGACAUAAAUUCAGAGAGAUCCCUUGAUGAUAAUAUGAUGAUAUUACAAUUCGAUAAAAUAAAUGCUGAAUACUUAAAAGAAAAAAAAAUAUAACGUACUAUAUUUUCCAAACUCAUAAUCGAAAUUAAAAUCAGUUUUGUUAAAGAUGCUUAAAAAGGUUUUAAACUGCACUUGUAUAUUUUCCAUUACUUCAAGUCGAGAGUGUAGAAAACUUAAAAAUUGUUUUGGUACCUAAUGCAGCGUUAUGCGACAGCGUAAAGUGUAAACAUACAUAUAAAUAUAAUAUUAUAUGCAUCAAACUUAAUGUCGAAUACCGUUAUAAUGCGCUAGAAUUAACAGCUAUCGGAAAAUGCAGGUUUUCUUGAGAGCCUGACGUACGUCGCGACGAAUUUGUGAUAUAUCAUCCCCUCCUUCGUUUUAAAUAUAGCCGUAAUAAUCCAUUUUGUAUAGAAAAUACCAGUCUUUUAAGUGAAAAACGUGAUUUCGCGUUUCAGCAUUGCCAGGGGGAUCGAAGACUUUGAAAACAAAAUAUUUCAGCUGAUGUAACAAGAAAUAGAACACUUAUCCACAA